AUUGCCUCACUCAGCCACUCACACAAACUACUUGUUGCAAUUUUCAGUUUCAGUUUCCUCUACAUCAUUUCAUUUUUUUUACGCUGCUCAGAAAUCUUUUUUAAAAUUGGAAGCUCUCCUCGUACAGUGAUUAGAGAGCUUCAAAGAGAUAAAGAAAGCAGGACAGAAUCAGAGUCAAGGAAUAACAAGAUUUUUUAAAAAAAAACCCAUCAAGGGAGUCACUGAACCUUUAAAACACAGAAGACAGACAUCGUGAAGUGAAGAAGUGGCUCUCAGGGAGAUGAAACCACUUCAGGGUUCAAGCAAUGGAUACUAACUAGCGUACUCUCCACUUGUGAGAAUGAAUGUUACCCUCACAUCUGCUUCUUUGGGAGGCGACUAGGUGAAGAUUUAUUCGGCCAACAAAUGUGGAAUCAAACUGAAUGAUGUAUGUAAAGGGAUUUGCCAAGGUAGGACACCUCCAACAUGGCCAGCAGUCUUUCAAUGCCAGCCCCAGUCUGCCUAAUUGAGAACAGUAAAGGGCAAUUUGUGGUGAAACAGGAAGCACUAGAUAUCCUUGAUACCGUUACUCAGCCUGUGGUGGUGGUGGCAAUUGUGGGACUCUAUCGAACUGGAAAAUCCUACCUGAUGAACAGGUUGGCUGGGCAGAAAACUGGUUUCUCCCUUGGCUCCACAGUGCAGUCUCACACCAAGGGCAUCUGGAUGUGGUGUGUUCCUCAUCCCAAGAAGCCAAAUCACACUCUCAUUCUUCUGGACACUGAGGGGCUAGGCGAUGUGGAGAAGGGUGACAACACGAAUGACACUUGGAUCUUUGUCUUGGCUCUGCUACUGAGCAGCACCUUUGUCUACAACAGCAUGGGCACCAUCAACCAGCAGGCCAUGGAUGAGCUAUACUAUGUGACAGAACUGACAGAUAAAAUCAAGGAAAAAUCCUCCUCCAGCACUGAGCAGAUAAGCCUCUUUCCAGACUUUGUGUGGACUGUGCGUGAUUUUAUCUUGGACUUGGAAAUCAAUGGAGAGCCCAUCACCUCUGAUCAGUACCUGGAGAAUGCCCUGAAAUUGAAGAAAGGUACAAGUGAAGAAGUCAAAAUAUGUAUCAAGAAGUUCUUUCUAAAGAGGAAAUGCUUCAUCUUUGUCCCACCAGCCCACACUAAAAUGCUCAAGAAGCUUGAGAAACUUCAUGAUGAUGAACUUGAUGGUGACUUUGUGGAAAGCACUAAAAACUUCUGUGAAUACAUCUUCAAGAAUUCUGAGGCCAAGACUCUCCCAGGAGGUGGCAUGGUCCAUGGGCCCCGUCUAGGGAACUUGAUUCUUACCUAUGUCCAGGCCAUCACCAGUGGAGGUGUUCCUUGUAUGGAGAACGCAGUUCUAGCACUGUCUCAGACAGAGAACUCAGCUGCAGUUCAAAGGGCCUAUACAUACUAUGAAGAGAUAAUGAGGCAAUCAGUCAACUUCCCCACAGAAACUCAUGAAGAACUACUGAAUGUGCAUAAUGUCUGUAAAAUGGAAGCCAUUAAAGUCUUCAUGAAGAAUUCUUUCAAGGAUGUGGAUCAGAAAUUCCAAAAAACAUUGGAGAUUCGUCUAGAAGACAAGCUACAUGAUUUCUGUGAACAAAAUGAAAGAGAGUCCUUAGACCGGUGCACAGCUUUGCUUCUGGAUAUUUUCAGUCCUCUGGAGGAAGCAGUGAAGCAGAAAGUCUUCUCUUUUCCAGGAGGUUAUGACACCUUCCUUGAUAACAUGCAAAAUCUUGUAGAGGAGUACAACCGACAGCCCAGGAAGGGGAUACAGGCAAAGAAGACUCUGGAAGAAUACUUGAAAUCAAAGGAAACUGUAACUGAAGCCAUUAAGCAGGCAGACCAAGCCCUUACAGCAAAAAAAAGAGAGAAAGAAGAGCAAGAGAAGAAAGUACAAGCUGCAGCUGCUGCUGCAAGAGAGCAACAAAUGAGGCUAAAGAGACAAGAGGAGAUGAUGCGGGAACAGGAAAAGAGACAGCAAGAGCAAAUAAGGCAACUAGCUGAAGAAAUGGAAGCCCAAAGGAGAAAGUACUUGGAAGAGCAAGAGAGAGAGCAGGCUAGGAGACUGCAGGAACAAGAAAAAUUACUCCAGGAGCAACAAAGGAGGGAGAUUGCCGAAAGACAACGUGAAAUUCAGGCUCUUCGGGAGCAGAUUCACAACAAUAAUUCACAAAGUGACUGUAUUAUAUUGUGAAUGUAAGGACUUUAGCAUUUCACUCAGACAGGGCUAUAAUCUCAUUUAAAUGAGAAAUAUUCAUCCUUGGGGUAGUGCACAAGAGACUCAUAUUACUGAAAUAAUAAUUGAAUUAUACAAUUGUUUGAUUAAAGGUACCUCAGAAAACAUUUAUCCAACCUUAGUCCAAAGAAUGUGCCUCUUUUACAUCAUCUCUGACAAGUAACUGGCCAUUGAACUGUACUCCAAAGGUCUCCAAGGAUGCUGAAUACACUCCCUUAGUAGGUAAGGCAUCCCAUUCCAUUUUAGAAUGGCUCUAUUUGUUUAGAAAGUCUUUCCUUAUGAGGACCUGACAUCUUCCCUGAAAAUGCCAUUUAGCUCUGUUCCAUAUGAAUAACCUUACCUAGUCUAAUUCCCUCUUUCUUUUGAAAACCCUUCAUUUAUUUGAAGACAACUACCAUGAAACAGAAACUAGAAAACAAAAAAAGGAGAAGGGAAAAGGGACAUUUUGAUGGGUUAAGGCACAGUCAACAAGAAUGUCACUGCUAUAAUGCUUUCCCAUGUGGGAGUUCUUUUGUUCUAUGACUCCUUCUUAUUAUCUUCUUUCCCCCUUGACCUUUCUUCCCUUCUCCCUUUGCCCCGACACUGCUCUCUCCUUUUCCUCCUUUCAAAACUUAUUCUUGUGGGUAGGGCAAAAGCUACUCUAGAUUCUCCCAAGUCUCUAUCAGUAGAAAUUCUGAGCUGAGAUAAAAACACUGUAUGAAUUACCAAGUAGCCAGUGGGGCAGUUAGAUGUUACCUUGAGUAAAUAAACCAACUUUAUGAGUCAUUUAGGCCCAAGAUUGUGAAAAAAAGUUGGAAAGUGGAUGAGCUGGCCCAGAUCCUAUCCUGAAUUUGUAGCUUUCUCUAACUCAAAAGGAUUAGGACAUGUACUUUUUGAGGACAAAAAUAAACAAUUUUGCAAAUUUGUGUUCCCAAGA